AUGAAUAAUACAAACACAUUCAUAGAUCUUAUUAUCAAAUUUGGCGGCAGUGCUAUAACAGAUAAAAACACAUUUGAAACAAUAAAGAAAGAAGAACUUUUGAUAGCUGCCAAUUGCAUUAGAAGCUGCAGAGAAGCUGGUCUCUCUUGUAUUGUCGUUCAUGGAGCAGGGUUUGUUGUUUAUAUUCUCUCCUACUAAUUUAUUUUGCAGCUAAUAAGUUUUAGGAAAUCAAAUAAAUAUUCUUUAUUUAUUGGCUUGAACAAAAAUUAAUAAACCAGAAUAAAUGUUGUUUUUUUCCAAAGGCCUUGCAUAAAAGAUUUUAUUGUCUAAUAACUUUUUCUUUUGUCCUUUUCUUGCAGUUCAUUUGGGCACCAUCAAGCUAAAAGGUAUCAAGUCAAUGAUGGCUUUGUCACAGCAACAACAAAAGACGAGCUUGAUUUCAAAAGGCAAGGAUUCUGCUUAACACGGCAGUCAGUCACCAAGGUCAGCAAUAUUGUAAUCGAUGAUGCAAUACCUCCAUAAAAAUUUAAUCUAAAAGUACCUGCAUUAAAAACUUCUGGGUGUCCACAGGUGUUGACAGUGGUAAAAGUUCACAAAGCUUGGAACUGAGCAAAUGGGAAAGGGAAAAAUAGUGGCCUAAUGGUCAAACAGUAAAUGUGUCUUUGACUCUCUGUACAAUAUAAUAAUUACAAAUUUUACUUAAAUGUUCUGUUGUUUUUUUCAUUCGAGCAACUGUAACUUAACUGGUAAUAAUACGACAAGUAGUUGAAAUAAAUAACCAAUAUUUUAAUACCAAGUUGGCUGCAUUUUUUCCAUAUUUAUGAAGUUUUUUAUAAAGUUUAUCUCCUUCUCCUUAAAAAUUGUUUCCUUAUUUUGCUUACUAGUCCAUUGCACCAGGCCCACAGAUAGGGAAGGUCCUAGGCUAAUAGUUUUUGGCUGUGGUGGACUGGAUGGUCCAAGGCACCAAGGUCAAAAAUCUUUCAGCAGAGAUUUUUUAAGCUAGUUUUAUUGUAUGGUAUGGGAGGCCCCAAUACCCCUGGCCCUAUCAGCUCACUAGGAAUUUUUCCUAUGUCCUGGUGGCUCUUUCCAAACUUACUUCCAGAUCAAGAGCAAGCAUUGCUUUACAUUCCCCUAAUUGGAAUAAAAUUCUAACAUUCAUUCUGUUUAUUUAGCUUUGCUGGUAGCCUAUCUAAAAAUUGGUUCAUAAAAAUUGUGAUGAUUUGAAAUAUUUGUCAUUUUUUUAAAAAGUGGGGAUAUAAAUGAUAAUUUUGCUUUUGAAGCAAACCAAGAAUUAAUCAAUAAUUAUCAAUAAUUCUUAUAGAGCUGUUUAUAAAAGGGAACCAGAGAUAUUUACUUGAAUAAUUACAAAAUGAUGCUCUGUCCUUGUUGUUAAUUAGUAAAAUAUAAUUAUAAUAAUUAUUGAGUUUCUUUUCCUUUUCAUGUUAGAGCUUUAAUUUUUAAAAACCCAAUUUUCUGGGAUAAUUUGGAUGUUUAUUCUUCAAACAUAUCAUAAUGAUGCUCACGGUUGUAGAAUAAAAAGAAAUGAGUGAAACAGUGCCUGUUAUACAAGCUUUGGAAUUUAACAUUUUUCUGAAUGUAUUUUCCAUUUUGUAUUAAAAAAUAGAUGAAUUUAGCCCCUGAGUCUAUUUCUUGUGGUAACAUAAAUUUUAAAUAUAAAACACAUGGUGCAAAAAUUUUUGGCAUUAACUAAAUGCCAAACAAUAAUUUUGUAUUUGAAAUGCAUAACUAGUGAAAUUAUAUACUUUUCUGUAACUGUAAGUUAAAUUAAUACUUUUUUCAGCCCCCAAUAUUUUAAUGAUUUAUUUUCUUGUAAAAACAUUAUUCCUCUCCACAGCUAAAUCAGCUAGUUGUUAAUUGUUUGAUUGAUGUUGGUGUACCAGCCGUGGCUUGUUCAGUAAGUAUAAAUAUCAGUUGCAGUAAAUUUAAUAUUAACUUACAUCAAAUUAACUUGUAUGAAUGUAUGCAUGCAAGUUAUAGUCAUAUAUUUAUUUCAUAGAAGAUUGUUUGCUGUAAUGGAUUAUGAAAAGCUUCAAAGUUCUAAGAAAAAUUAAGAUUUCUCUUUUGUUACUGCUCUUUUAUGUAUAAGGGUAAAGGUUGUUAAUGAUUUUGAUGAAUCUUUUUUAGCCAGGAAGCUCUUGGGAAGUUGACAAAAAGUUACCAGUAAGAUGGCCGGAUGAAAUCAUUGCAGGACUCGUUGAAAAAGGUUUUGUACCUGUGCUGCAUGGAGAUUGUUGUGUUGAUAAAACUUUGGGAUGCUGCAUUUUAAGUGGUGACACAAUUAUUAAAGUAAGUAAUCAGCAUUUUCAAACAUCUUGAGAUUUUUCAAAUUUGAAAAAGAUCUCUUAUCUUAAUAUAUUGCAUUUCUUUUCUGUUCUAUUUUAUAGUCCUUAUGUAAUGCCUUCACUACAAGACGAGUUGUGUUUCUGGCUGAUGUGGCAGGCAUUUACAAUAGGCCCCCAGAUCAACCAGGUAAAUAAAUCUGUUAAUUUAUAGACUUUAAAAGAUAGCUACUGCAUGAGUUAAAAAUUCCUGCUGAAUCAGCACACUUACUUAAUUUGUCCUUAUUAUUAUUAGUCAUUUAGUUAACUAAAAGAGCAAAAAUUAUCAAUGUUUGUAGAUAAUGUUUUCUAUCAGUAAAGUAAGAAUUGUAUUAUAUAAUUUAACUGGUCACAAUGUUGCAAAAACUCAUUGAUAGUUUGCUGACCUUUUAUUUGUACAAAAUAAAAUAUGUAAUUUUUUUUUUUAUGUUGAAGUUCCAUUAUCAGUUUUUUAUUUUUCAGGUGCACAACUGCUGAAAUCAAUAUUAGUCAAUUCUGAUGGAUUAAUCCAAGAAUCAGUCUGCACAUCUCAGUCUUGCAAUGAUGUAACAGGAGGCAUCCAAUUGAAAUUAAAGACUGCUAUAGAUAUUGUUGUCCAAUCCAAGGGCAGAUGCCCAGUAUUUGUAACAUCAAUAAAGUCACCUGACAUGAAUGAAGUUUGCUUGGGGAAAGACAGUAUAAAUCAUUGGAAUGCCACUAGCAUAACUAUGCAUAGCUGA